AUGUCAGCAGGGCCGAUAGUGGAACGAAACCAGGAUGCGACGAUCUACGUGGGAGGUCUCGACGAAAAAGUGUCUGAGGCGAUUCUUUGGGAGCUGAUGGUUCAGGCGGGCCCGGUGGUCAGCGUUAACAUGCCGAAGGAUCGAGUCACUGCCAACCAUCAGGGAUUCGGAUUCGUCGAGUUUAUGGGCGAAGAGGACGCCGACUAUGCUAUCAAGAUUCUCAACAUGAUCAAAUUGUACGGAAAGCCCAUAAAGGUAGGAAUUCAAUUCGAAUUUCCACGUGACCUUUGCUUUCAAAAAAGUUCAUGUGAAAAUUAAGUCAACAUUACCUUUUAAUCAUAGGUGUUUUGAGUUGAGCGCCGACAGUUCGGAACAGGAGGGACCUGGUACGGAAAAAAAUUGGCCGUAAGACUGCCAAAUUUACCCGGACAGUAACAGGUUGUCAAGUCGUUCUAACUGUCUGAAUUACUUCUAUGGGUCACAUUCGUUCAGUUUCCACUCAUUUGAACCCACUAGACAACCUGGUACGAGCACUAGAUUCACUAAUUACCAGAUUGCAGGAGUGUCCUUAAGGCGCUGCAAUCUAGUCAUUUCUGACUUUACCCGGACUGUUGCAGGUUGCCAGGUUGCUCCAAGUGCCUCCAUUACUUCUAUGGGCAAUCUUAUGGUUGCCGCUAGUUCGGAAAAAUCUUUUGGCGUUUUUCAAACAUCCCCCACCUUUGUGUUUAAUUUUUAAAAAAAAUUCCAGGUGAACAAAGCAUCUGCUCACGAGAAGAACAUGGAUGUCGGCGCGAACAUUUUCGUUGGAAAUCUGGAUCCGGAAGUGGACGAGAAGCUGCUCUACGAUACGUUCAGUGCGUUCGGAGUCAUUCUCCAGGUGCCGAAAAUUAUGCGUGACGUGGAUUCGGGAACAUCCAAAGGAUUCGCAUUCAUCAACUUCGCCUCUUUCGAAGCUUCUGAUACGGCUUUGGAAGCCAUGAACGGACAGUUUCUCUGCAAUCGGGCCAUCACUGUAUCCUACGCGUUCAAGCGAGACUCAAAGGGAGAACGGCACGGAACUGCAGCAGAGAGAAUGCUCGCCGCGCAGAAUCCAUUGUUUCCGAAAGAUCGGCCGCAUCAGCAGUUCUCGGAUGUUCCUCUCGGCAUUCCAGCCAACACUCCCCUUGCAAUCCCGGGAGUUCACGCGGCUAUCGCUGCUCACGCCACCGGUCGUCCGGGCUAUCAGCCGCCUCCGUUGAUGGCGAUGGCUCCGAGCGGAUACGGACAGUAUCCUCCGGUGCCACCUCCACCGCCGAGCGCCACUCCGAUGCCUCCUCCGAUGCCUCCAAUGCCGCCGACGCCUGGAAUGACUCCUCGUCCGCCACCACCGCCUUCCGCCGGAAUGUGGCCACCACCGCCGCCGCCAGGAAGAACUCCAGGACCGCCCGGAAUGGGCAUGCCUCCACCGCCGCCUCCGUCGAGAUUCGGACCGCCGAUGGGAGGAAUGCCGCCGCCGCCACCACCUGGAAUGCGGUACCGACAGAAGCUUCGGCGAAAAUUACAAAUUUUUCUAUUUUCAGGUACCUGGGAGGGCCAGGAAUGCCACCACCGCCCCCGCGUUAUCCGUCCGCCGGACCCGGAAUGUACCCACCACCGCCGCCAAGUCGUCCACCAGCACCACCAUCCGCGCACGGAAUGAUCCCGCCACCACCACCACCACCCUAA